AUGGGCCCCCGCCGCCUGCCCUUCUGCCUAUGCACCGUCGCGGCGCUGCUCUCAGGCGUGCAGGCCAAGGGCACCCAGCUCUUGGCGCGGCCCGCGCCGCCCGGGGCCUCUAGCUACAGCCUCUACACGACGGGAUGGCGCCCGCGGCUGCGCCCGGGGCCACACAAAGCCCUCUGUGCCUACGUGGUGCACAGGAACGUGACCUGCAUCCUACAGGAGGGAGCAGAGAGCUAUGUAAAGGCUGAGUACCGGCAGUGUGGGUGGGGCCCCAAGUGCCCCGGGACAGUCACGUACCGCACGGUGCUCAGACCCAAAUAUAAGGUCGGCUACAAGACAGUGACAGACAUCGCCUGGCGUUGCUGCCCUGGCCUCGCUGGAGAAGGCUGCCCCGAGCACCUCACUGACAACGGGGCCGCCCCACCCCAGCCAGAGCCCGAGUCCCAGAUUCCCUCGGGGCAGCUGAGCCCAGGCCCUAGGCCCCCUCCUUACAGCAGAGUGGCCGCCAGCCCCCAUGGAAGGAAAGGGCCAGGGCUGUUUGGGGAACGGCUGGAGCGCCUGGAGGGUGAUGUCCAGCGCCUGGCACAAGCAUAUGGUACUCUCAGUGGCCUGGUGGCCAGCCACGAGGACCCCAACAGAAUGAGAGGUGGCCCCAGGGCUCCUGCUGCCCCCGUGGGCUUUGGGGUCGUCCCCGAGGGGUUUGUGGGCUCAGGAGGCAGAGCCAGAGGGCCGCUCACACCUCCCCUGGACGAGAUCCUGGGCAAGGUGACAGAGGUGAGCAACACGCUGCAGACCAAGAUGCAACUGCUGGACGAGGUGCACGGGCUGGCCCUGGGCCACGAGGCUCACCUGCAGAGACUGCGGGAGGCCCCACCGUCCCCACUCACCUCCCUGGCCCUGCUGGAGGAGUAUGUGGACCGCCGGCUGCACCAGCUCUGGGGUGGCCUGCUAGAUGGCUUCGAGCAGAAGCUGCAAGUUGUCCAGAGUGAGUGUGACCUACGGGUGCGGGAGGUGCGGCAGCAGUGUGAGGAGGGCCAGGCGGCCAGCCGGAGGCUGCACCAGAGCCUGGACGGCCGGGAGCUGGCCCUGCGCCGGGAGCUCUCCCAGCUGGGCACCCGGCUGCAGGGCCUGAGUGUGGCUGGUGGGGGCAGCUGCUGUGGUCACCUGGCCCUAAUUGGCGCCCGCGUGGACAGCCUUGAGCGAAACCUACAGGUGAUUACGGAGGCCCAGAGGGGUCGCAGCCCCCCCUCUGGGGGUGAGCUCACUCGGCUCUCUGCUGCCAUACUCGAUGGGCGGCUCGAGGGCCUGGAGACCCUCAAUGGGACGGAGAGUGGAGUGAGGGGUUGCUGUCUGGGGGUGGAGGAGGGGGGGGGAUGGGGCGUGGGUGGCUUUGGGGCCACACUGGAAGAGCGGGUGCAGAGCCUCGAGGAGCGCCUGGUGACGCUGGCUGGGGAGCUGAGCCAUGACAGCUCCCUGCCGGGCGGGUCUACACAGCCCCUCACACAGUCGGAACUGGCCGUGCUGGAACAACGGCUGGUUUCGCUGGAGACCUCGUGUGCCCCCAGCACCACCUCAGCCAUCCUGGACAACCUCGUGGCAGAGGUGAAGGCCUGGCAGAGCCAAAGCGAGGCCCUCCUGCUCCAGGUGGCCAGCCAUGCAGCCCUGCUCCGACAGCUCAAUGGCACCAUGGCUGAGGUCCAAGGGCAGCUGGCAGGAGCAACAGGCAGCUCACUCCAAGGCGAGAUCACCCUGCUCAAGGUCAAUCUGAACUCAGUGAGCAAGUCACUCACGGGCCUCAGCGACUCCAUCAGCCAGUACUCUGAUGCCUUCUUAGCUGCCAACACGUCCCUGGACGAGCGGGAACGCAAGGUGGAAGCUGAGGUCCAUGCCAUCCAGGAGCAGGUCAGCAGCCAGGGCUCACGACUUCGGGCCGGCCACAGGCAGGUCCUGAGCCUGCAGGGGGAGCUGGAGCAACUCAAGGCUGGCGUGGCCAAUGUGGCUGGUGGGCUGAGCCGCUGCCAGGACACAGCCCAGGAGCUUCAGCAUGCAGUGGGCCACUUUGACCGGAGGGUGGCACAAGUGGAGGGUGCAUGUGGGAGGCUGGGCCUGCUGGCCACCAGCCUGGACAGCUUGUCCACUGAGCCGCAUAAGCUGAGGGAGGGCCUCUGGGGCCAUGUGGACCAGCUGAACCGCACGCUGGCCCAGCACACACAGGACAUCGCCCGCCUCCAGGAUGACCUGCUAGACUGCCGGGCCAAGCUGGCUGAGCAGGAGCGGCCAGGGCGAGCCAACUAA